AUGGGCAUACCUUUCAGUAACCCAUCGAAUUCAUCCCAGUGGCAGUGGGUUCCGCCGAUGUGUUAAGCCAUCAGCCAGUACUACUUCCUUACUUCGAUCGUCAAUGUCUCAGCAUACAGUUCGAUUAAAUCUUUGCCCCGUAACGCUAUGGCAAUCCGUGAUAGUAGUAGAUUGAAGUCAAUCACGUUCAAAAGAUUCGGCGAUCAGGAGGGGGACCUUUUUGAGCAGCAAAGUGCUCGUAGAAUUUUCGCAGAUUCACCCAGAUUUAACGAUCAUGGCGGAACGAAAAAGUUGUCCCUGUUUUUCGCGAGUCUCUGCGUAAUCGAUCUGUUCGGAGUGUUUCCCAUUGUUGCGCUACCGAAAUCGAUCAUCUCCUGCGGAUUGUAUGGAAUACCGUUAGUGCUGUUUGUGAUAACGUUGCAAAUUUACACGGCCACAAUACUGGGCCGCUGUUGGACGAUCGCUGAAAAACUGGACCCUUCGAUCGUCGCUAAAAAUCGGUACCCGUAUGCGGCGAUCGCGGAGUUCACCUACGGCAAACGGAUGAGUUUAUUUGUGACCGUUCUGCUUGAUAUGACCGUGUUCGGCGGUGGGAUUCCAAAUCUACUGGUGGCUUCGCAGAACCUGCAACUGCUGGGAUCGAAAGUGAGCGGAGGAAGUUUUGAGUUCUCGUUCUGCUACUGGUUGGUUCUUAUUGGAAUGUUUCUUUGUCCGAUCAUGUGGUUGGGAAGCCCUAAGAAUAUGCGAGCACUGGCCAGUGUUUCGGUCAUUGUGUGUACCAGUGUUGCCCUGUUAACAUGGUUUUCAAUUGGUGCUGACUCUCCACCCAGCAUCUUGAAUGAAACAAUGCUGCCAUCGGAAGAGUUUGUACCUUUCAAAGGAAUCGAACUAGGACUACCGUCCUGGAUAAAGCUACUCAAGGCGUACGGAAUAAUUGCCUUCCAGUUUGACAUUCAUCCCAUGUUGCUAACGAUCCAGGUGGACAUGGAACAUAAACGGAAGAUUGGAAAAGCUGUAUUCCUGGGACUGAUGGCCACCUGUUCGCUGUCAGCGGUGACAACUAUACUUGCGGCUCAUCGAUACGGGAUGGAUACCGCAAACAACGUGCUACAAUCUUUGCCCAAAAGCUGGUCACUGUACGCAACAAUUCUACUGGUGACACUGCAGCUGUGUUUGUCCAGUGCAGUUGGCAAUUCGGCACUCUUUCAGCAUGUUGAGGACGUUCUCGGUGCAUCCAGAGAUUUCACAAUCAAACGCUGCAUCAUUCGCUCGAGUCUUGUUUGGUUGGCAGUACUGAUAGCGGAGUUACUACCUCGUUUCGACGUCGUGAUGGGUAUCAUCGGUGGAACGUUAACUGGACCGUUGAUUUUUAUUCUACCGCCACUAUUCCACCAGAAGUUAACUAACCUGGAGGCUAUCUGCUAUCGAGAGAUGGAACGAAUCCAUAGUCAGGAUACUAGCGAUGACAGAGAAUCAGGGUCAUUUCAAAGCGCCUACGGGUCGACUGGUCAAACGCCGUCGACAGCAUUCAAGAGGACUCGUAGUCGAUCGGUACUAGCGAGACGCUGGUCACACUGCUCCAAUCGAAUCAAACAAUGGUCUCGUUUCAUGCGUAGCGAUUGCAUUCUUGCAGCGUCCGUUAUUUUGUUUGGAAUCGGUGCCACUCUUAGCUCUACUUAUUACAACAUUUUCGACAUGAAGGAUAUCGGAAAUAGCUUUUGGAUGUCUUGUGCGGCCAAUAUUACACUUUCCAGUGAUUUAUGAUUCGGUUCAAGGUGACAUUAAAUGAUAGGAAUACAUUUCUUUAUCU